AUGGUGAAAGGCAUUAACGUCUUGCACUAUUGUAUUAAAUUCCUGAACAUCGGCGCCAACCUAAGUAACAUUGAUGCCAAGAUGAAAGAUGAAGACGUUGCGAUCUACUUACUGCUCAGUCUCCCGAAGUGCUUUAAGAACGUGGUUUUGAACUUGAAGAUGAGCAAUGCAGAGCUGCAUGUGAAAAAUGAGGUCAAGGUGACGAACGAGCACGCCAAGCGACAAGGCGAGAAGAUGACGACGCUGAAAACUGAAUAUGGAACCAAAGCCUUCAGUACUAAGCUCCAGCCCUACCGAUGCAAAUAUUGCAGCAAUGUGGGACACAUGGCAGAGCAUUGGUGGAAAAAGCAAAAGGAUGAAGGUCGAGGAGCCCCACGCGGUGGCAAUGGUCGCGGACGUGGGGCAAACAGUCCAGUGGUGACAUUAUGA